AUGAAAUAGGUUUUUCUUAUUAGCUAUGUGAUUUAGUCGAGUGUUCCAACCUUCAUUAUUCGAGUUUUGAAUACCAAUUUUUGACGAUCCGCCCCAAUUUGCUGCACCCAGUGCAGCGUCGAAACUCCACCGCCUAUGAUUCUCAAUUAUAUAUAUAUAUAAAAAAAAUUACUCUCAUAUUCUUACAAACAAUUUUAUUCCAUUCUAGAGUACAAAGAUAUCUUCUUUUUCUUCAUUCUCGCACUUUUGGGUGAGGCUGUUAUUGUGGGUGCAUUGAAAUUGAUGGCUAAUCGAUCUCUGAAGCGUUUUCUCAACAACAUAGAAUUCAGUAGUGGUAUCUCAAGGAAACAUGUCUCCAACCAGAGAUCUGUCUACAACAUUCUUAACCGGUGCCAGUCAAAUUAUUCAAACACAGAUGGUCAUAAGCCUGAAGAGAAGAGCAUAAGCAAUGGUCGAGAGCGCAGUAAAUAUGAUAUUGAUGAUGGCGAUUUUCAUGAUAAUAAGUGGAAACUUGAGCUUGAUUGGCUCUCUAAAGCUGUUGAACCUGCGGUCCAACUCUGCAGAUGGGCUUUGUCAACAGGAAAUGGAAAUGGAGACAAACUUCCACCGACCAAUAAAUCUCUUGCAGAGAUAUUUGCCAGCAUUCAACGUAGUAAAUUGGGACUUCAGGAUUGGAGUCUCACUGAUCUUACCAUAGGCCUAUAUCUAAUAUAUCUUCAGCAAGCAUCCACCAGUCCUAUUGAGGAUGUUAAGGGUGAACAGAUAUACUCUGAUUUGAUUGUUCAAGAUCUCAUCUACCACACUGAACUGGCUAAGGGUUCUUAUAAAGAUUGCACUGCAGCACUUUCAAGGAAUUGUAUGCUCCGGGAAAGUAAUGUCGUCAAAUUCAUAAAAAAUUCCAGUGUGUUAAGGCCUGGAUAUUAUAUAGGAAUUGACAAGCGGAAAAAACUUGUAGUUCUUGGGAUACGUGGAACUCAUACAGUAUAUGAUCUUAUAACUGAUAUUGUUUCUUCAAGUCAUGAAGAAAUCACACUCGAGGGUUACUCCACUCACUUCGGAACUUCUGAGGCUGCUCGUUGGUUCCUUACUCAUGAGAUGGGCACCAUAAGGAACUGCCUUGAAAAACACAAGGGAUUUAGGUUAAGGCUUGUUGGUCAUUCCCUUGGAGGUGCAACAGCUUCGUUGCUGGCUAUCAUGCUUCGAAAUAUGUCGGCCCGAGAACUUGGUUUUAGUCCUGAUAUUGUUUCUGCAGUUGGAUAUGCUACGCCACCAUGUGUUUCUAGAGAACUCGCCGAAAGUUGCUCUGAAUAUGUCACAACAGUGGUAAUGCAGGAUGAUAUAAUACCUAGGUUAAGUAUCGCCUCUCUCACAAGGCUUAGGAAUGAAAUUCUUCAAACUAACUGGGUGAGUGUUCUUCAGAAGGAAGACUGGAGAGGUGUCGUAGACUUGUUUACAAAUGCAAAGCAGGUUGUAUCUUCUGUGCAAGAUGUAGCUCGGAGACUUGCUGAUUAUGCUAAAUUACGAAGCCAAACUAAGCACUCUGACAUCCUUACUUCAAUAUUUUCAACAUACUCAGAUGUUAACGUUACCUGUACAGAGUCUACAGUUCCACGUGUUCCUGAUACCUCCAACUCCAAAGUCAAUACAUCAUCUCUUGUGAGACAGGAAGGCGAAGCUGAGUUGUUUGUCCCCGGAACUCUUUAUAUUUUGAAGAGGAAUGCAAAUGCAAGAAAGGAAGGUAACAGUGUGGAAUGUUUCACACUUUGGAAGAGACACUCGGGGGAGCAUUUUCAGAGGAUACUGCUCUCAAAUAACAUAAUUUCUGCCCACAAGUGUGAUAGCCAUUAUUAUGCGUUGAGGGAUGUUCUUAAAGGUUUGCCUGGUUCUACCGAUGAAGCUGUUUUCUGAUGAAUAAAUUUCACAUAUUUGCUCUUUUUGUGUAAAACAAUGAUCUCAUCAUUCCACGGCUUGUGGGAGGUAGCUAGCUGGUCCCCUUGAGAGUAGUUGAGGUACGUGCAAGCUGACCUUUAUCAAAACAAAGAAAUAAAUAAUGGCAAUGUUAGUUGAUUUACAGGUAGAAACCAUUGUCCUUAGAGAUAAAAAUAGUUGUAAUUUUCAGCUUAUACUUUUAUGUUUUCCUGUAGUACCAGGAAAUCUUCCUGUAUUUUCAUUAGUACUUCUUUUAGAACAUGUACUGCUGCUAUACAAGCAUAGCCAAAUGGACAAUCAAGCUAAUUUUUUUGAUGUUUCCUUUCUUAUAUUUGAAACUGAUUGUAUUUCUUGUACUGCUAUGGAUAAUGUUAAGAUUCAAGUUUAAUA